AUGUCUUCCAGUUCAAACAUUACCUCACGAUACCCUGUCGCAUAUUUUUUAUGUGACGUAACGCUUACAGGCAAGAUUCUCAAGGCCCUCUUAGGCCUAGACAAGGUGCCUAGGCUGCGAACGGCGCAGAUCACAGGCUUCCGGCGGGGGAUGGGCGACAGCGGCGCAAACGUCGUUGUCUAUGACGGCUCAAACUUUGCUGUUGAGAACUCAACACAUCUACGUUCGCUUUCUGCUUCGUUUGUCCAUAAGAACGAAGUGAGCCUGGGGUUCUUCAAGGUCAGCGGCGCAUCAGAUACCGCGGUUGUCGAGUCCUCUGCCGAAGACGAGGUCGAAACCCAAGCACCCGACAACAUGUCUGGGGAUACCGAGGAUGUCUACAAAGCCUUCUGCGCCCAGCAAAUCAACUCGCAUACCAACGUGUUAGCAAAUACCGGGGCUGUCGAGGAAGCCGAUGACGCUAAGGAUAUCGACCUAGGCACUGACAUCGCGCCAGCGGAGAGCAUCCUAUCUGCGGGGAUGUCUAAUGAAGCCAACAUUAGCAAGAAUGAUCAAGAGGACAUCUCAACCCCCAAAGAGAAGUCGUGGGCACCUACUAUCCCCUGGCGCAAGGAACUGGCGACUUCACCUGUCCGUCCCACUAUGACACUACCGCAAGCUCCAAGCGCAUCCACCGUCAAGUUCCGCAAGGCUGGUGGAGCUAUUAGAAACCUUGUCGAUAUGUUCGAGGGCUUGUCUUCCAAGUCUACCCCGGAGAAGAGCUCCUAA